AUGUCAUCGCGUUCGGUGGCAGUGGUGGCCACAGGCCUGGGAUGUUUCGCUCUCGCUAUGUGUCUCUUCGCUUUCCCCAUGAUUCUCAGCGAAAUCAGCGACAUCCGCGCUGAGCUCGAUGCCGAAAUGGAAUCGUGGAAAGUCGAGACCGAUAACCUGUGGAGGGAUAUGAACAAAUACGGACGUGUCCGUCGUCAGGCUUACGGAUAUGCCGCACCUCCCCCACGAGGAAGCUUCCCUGGCGGACCACAGCCACCCAACUUCCCUGGAGGUUCGUUCGGUGAGCAGCCAUAUCCAGGAGAUGCUGGAGGUCCACCACACCAGCCAAGUGGUCCUAACGGACAUCUCCCAGGUGUUGUUGGAGUGCCACCCAGCCUCAACCGCAACAACAACAACAACUUCCCAGGAAAUGAUGGAGCCCCAUCGGCCCACCCCAACGGAAACUGCAACUGCAACGCUGACAACACUUGCCCAGCUGGUCCCCCUGGACCUAAGGGAGCCGCUGGAGUCGAUGGUCCUGAUGGACUCCCAGGAGUGCCUGGUAUUGAUGGACAAGACGCAGAAGAUGCCAAGGCCCAGACUCAGCAGUAUGCUGGAUGCUUCACCUGCCCACAAGGACCUCCUGGACCUCCCGGACCAACUGGCAAGCCAGGAGCCCGUGGAAUGCGUGGAGCCCGUGGACAAGCUGCUAUGCCCGGCCGUGAUGGACAGCCAGGUUUCCCCGGAACUCUCGGUGGACUUGGAGCUCCUGGACCAGUUGGUGAGGAAGGACCUCAAGGAGAACCUGGAGAGGAUGUUGAACACCAGAUCGGUCUUCCUGGUCCCAAGGGAGAACCCGGUCCAGUUGGAGAUGAAGGAGAUGAGGGACUACAGGGAGAUACUGGAGCACCCGGACAGGCUGGACCUCCCGGAGAACGCGGACCACAAGGAGAGAAGGGAGACGAUGGUGCUGAUGGUCAUCCAGGAGAGCCUGGAGAGGAAGGAGAACCUGGCAAGGACGCCGAAUACUGUCCAUGCCCCAAGCGUAAUGCUGCCCAGAAUGUUGUGCAGCCUGCAAACAACGGCUACCGCCGUUACUAA